AGAGUAAACCGGAUAGUUCAGGGACAGGUGGCAGUCCCUCCGCUGCCUCAGCAUGUACUCCAGAGCUUACAUCUUGCUGGAAAGAGAGUUCAAGGAGUUACAGCACAAGAGAAAUGAGGGAAUCAUUGCUUUUCCUACAAGAGAAGACAUGAUGAGCUGGGAAGCUCAGAUUGAAGGGCUUCAGAAUUCCAUCUGGGAAGGAUUUCUUUUUCACUUGACAAUAGAUUUUACACCAGAGUACAACCUUGUUCCUCCAGUUGUGAAAUUUCUAACAAUUCCUUUCCAUCCAAAUGUAGACCCACAUACCGGUCAUCCCAGUAUACACUUUUUGGACAACCAGGACAGCUGGAACACAAAUUACACAAUACGCAGCAUCUUACAUGCUAUACAGAGGCUACUUUCUAAUCCUGUCCUAGAAAACCCAGUGAAUUUGGAAGCAGCCAAGCUGUUGGUUAAAGAUGAGUCUAUGUACAGAGUAGUAGUUCAGAAACUUUUCAAGCCAGCACCGCCAGUAAAGGAGGGCGACCUAGAGCUUUCUGAAAAGCCACAAGGGUCUAUCAGAGUAAUUAAGAAAAUCUCAUUUAAUGAUUACUACAAGACAUGGUCUACGAUAGCCACAUCACAAACAGCAGAACACUCCAGAAAUCCAUUUGUUGGAGAUCCAAAAUUCAUGGGUCAGUACUACAAAUGGAAGCAACAAAACCGACAGCAUCAUAAACAAUGGAAGCUGAAGUAA